CCAGUCCGGUCUGAAAUGGGCACGGAAGAGAAUGGCAACGGCAGGCUAGAGGGUGGCGUCACGAACCACGAGGCAGCCAUUGAGGAGGAGGAGGAGGAGGAGGAGAUGGAGGAGAUGAGCCAGCUGAGCCACCGGAGGAAGAAGGGCAAGAAGGAGACGACGGAAGAAGGGAGAGAAGAAGAGGAAACGGUGCCGAUCGAGAAGGUGUUCGAGGGGAAAGAGGUGCCGCCCUGGCGGGAGCAGCUCACGUUUCGAGCCCUGGCGGUGGCCGCCUUCCUCGCAAUCAUGUUCAGCUUUAUCGUGAUGAAACUUGGCCUCACCACCGGUAUCGUUCCCUCGCUCAACAUAGCUGCCGGCCUCCUCGGCUUCUUCUUCGUCAGGCUGUGGACCAAAGCCCUCCAGAUGACGGGCUGCCUCCAGAAGCCCUUCACCCGCCAGGAGAACACCGUCAUUCAGACGUGCGUGGUUGCCGCCUCCGGCAUCGCCUUCAGCGGUGGCUUUGGAAAUUACCUUUUUGGUAUGAGCGGAAGAAUUGCCAAUCAAGCAUCAGAAGCGAACAAUGAGCAGAACAUCAAAGAUCCAAAAUUAGGAUGGAUGAUUGGAUUUCUCUUUGCCGUUAGUUUUCUUGGACUCUUCUCCCUUGUGCCUCUAAGAAAGAUCAUGAUCAUUGACUACAAGCUGAUCUACCCAAGUGGUACUGCAACUGCUUUUCUUAUUAAUGGCUUCCACACUCCUGAGGGUGCAAAGAAAGCAAAGAAACAGGUAAGGGCGUUGGGCAAGUUCUUUGUCUUCAGUUUCCUUUGGGGAUUCUUCCAGUGGUUCUACACUGCUGGUGACGAUUGUGGAUUUGCAGCCUUCCCUACACUUGGUCUUAAAGCUUAUGAAAACAAGUUUUUCUUUGAUUUCUCCGCAAUGUAUGUUGGAGUUGGAAUGAUCUGCCCAUACAUUGUGAACAUAUCUCUUCUACUCGGAGGCAUCCUUUCAUGGGGAAUCAUGUGGCCUCUCAUAGGUAAUAUGAAGGGCAGUUGGUACCCUGCAGAUAUCCCAUCAAGCAGUCUUCAGAGCUUGCAGGGCUAUAGGGUCUUCAUAGCCAUUGCCAUGAUUCUUGGAGAUGGUCUCUACAACUUCCUUAAGGUCCUAUCUCGAACAAUGUCCUCCAUCAUUUCCAUAAUGCGUAGCCAAGGUUCCACAAGCACGCUUCCUGUCUCGGAUAAUGGUCAUCCUAUCACCACAACUACCAUCAUAUCCUUUGAUGACCAACGCCGAAUUGAAAUAUUUCUUAAAGAUCAAAUUCCAAAAUCAGUCGCAUAUGGGGGCUAUGUUGUUGUUGCCUCCAUCUCCAUUGCCACCCUUCCCCACAUCUUCCCUCAACUGAAAUGGUACUAUGUGUUGGUUUCUUACAUCUUUGCACCUGUAUUAGCCUUCGGCAAUGCCUAUGGUUUUGGCCUCACUGAUUGGUCUCUUGCCACCGCCUACGGGAAGCUUGCCAUAUUUCUUAUUGGAGCUUGGGCAGGUGCCUCUCAUGGUGGUGUGCUAGCAGGCCUUGCAGCUUGUGGUGUAAUGAUGAGCAUUGUGGCCACAGCUUCAGAUCUCAUGCAGGACUUCAAGACGGGAUACCUGACAUUAGCCUCGCCGAGGUCCAUGUUUGUUAGCCAAAUAAUUGGCACCGCAAUGGGUUGUGUGAUUGCUCCAUGUGUUUUCUGGCUUUUCUACAAGGCUUUCAAUGAACUUGGCUUGCCUAAUAGUGAAUAUCCAGCUCCCAAUGCCCUUAUUUUCCGGAACAUAGCAAUACUUGGUGUCGAUGGCUUCUCAUCACUACCAAAGCACUGCCUCACUCUCUGCUGCAUAUUCUGUGCUGCUGCUGUUCUCAUUAACUUGAUUAGAGAUUUGUCCCCGCAGAAGGUGGCGAGGUUCAUACCUCUCCCUAUGGCAAUGGCGAUACCUCUCUAUAUUGGGUCAUACUUUGCCAUUGAUAUGUGUGUAGGGAGCUUGAUAUUGUUUGUGUGGGAAAAGAUUAACAAGACCCAGGCAGAUGCAUUUGGUCCUGCAGCGGCCUCUGGUUUGAUAUGUGGUCAUGGGAUGUGGACUUUACCUGAAUCUCUGCUAGCUCUGGCUAACGUGAAGCCGCCGAUAUGCAUGAAGUUCCUGUCAAGGGAAUAGAUUGACAAAGUGGAUCAUUUCAUUGCCAAGUUAUCGUAGUUUCUUCAUCUUGGGGCAGACCAGAAACCAAAAAUAAGGAAUAUAUUCAGGGAUCAACUAGGUAAGCUGCUUAUCAACAAACACUGAAGCACCUAAGGUGGGGGCAAGCAUUCUGCAGCUGCUGUUUAAGUCACCUGGUAUUUCUUAUAAUGCAUGACUUCUAGGGGGACUACACCAAGCUAGAAGUUCUCAUGUCUUGGUAUAUCAAUUGUAAAUGGGUUGGCAAAGUGCAGACAUUACCAUAUGUAUGUAAAUAAAGCUGAAGUUUUAUGAGAGAGGGCUGUUUGCAGAAAUGAUAAAAUGUCGUGCAUCCGGUACCGAUGCCAAUUAUUAAUGACCAAACUUAAUGGGAUUGUUUGA